UGAGACAGUCUGCUGUUGUGCAUGCGCACACAUCGAACUAUAAGACAACUGGUUACUUUUUGGUAGCGAAUGUCCGUUUUUGCGUUGUUUUGCUGUCCGUUAAGUAAAUAACAUGAUACGGAGAGCUCGACCAAAAAUGUGUUACAAAGAGAAGUCAACAGAUGAGGAUGACCUUGACCUGUCAAGGCAAGAGGGUGACGAAGAGGAGGAUGACGAAGAGGAAGACGAGUGGCAGCCUGAGGCCGUGGCUCCAAAAAGGCAGAGGAAGGCUGGUCCUGCCCCCGCCCCCAAGAAGCCCGCCGAAAAGAAGCCAGCGGUGAAGAAGCCCCCCAAACCCAAGGAGCCGAAACCCAAGGUCCCUCGGAAGGUGGCUGAGAAGAAGCCCCGGGCACCCAGAGGGAGGAAGAAGGAGCUGUCUGCCCCAGCUGAGGAGGCCGGAGGAGUGGGGGAGCUCGGGGAGGCCGGCGGAGUGGAGGAGGCUGGAGGCAUUGCAGGCAAUGCAGCGGCAACACAGUUAAAGGUCAAGGAGGAGAGGCUAUCAUUUCGAGUACCAGCUGGGGCGGCAGAAAGUGGGCCAUCCCAGGAGCUCUCCUCCAAUCAGCAGCCACUGCCAGUCAAGAAGGAGGAGCCGGAGGACGACUUCACCUUCGACGAGCCGGCCACCAAGAAGCUGAAGACCAGCGAGGCGCCCCAGGGGAGGCCGGUGCGGCUGCCGAAGACGGGGAAGGACCUGCGCUACGACCUGCAGAUGCACUGGGACCCCAUUGAGGUGCUGUCGGAGGUGACGCGGGUGGAGCGCUGGGUGUGCGCGAACAUUGUGGAGCUGUUCCGGGAGGAGAACACCAUUCCCUUCAUCGUGCGCUACAGGAAGGAGCUCAUCAACCACAUGGACGCAGACGGAGUGAGGGAGGUGCAGCUGUCCCUGGAGGAGCUCUGUGCAGUGUCAAAGAAAAGCCAGUCCAUUAGCCAGGCUUUGAAGAAGGAGGGGGUCUUGACUGCUGAGAUAGAGGAAAUGCUGAAAAACUGCAGGACCCUGGAUGAGCUGGAGCACGUGUAUGCUCCCUAUAAGAAGGGCAGUAAGCUGUCUAAGGCUCGGAGGGCCAAGCAGCUGGGCCUGGAGCCUGCAGCUACAGCGGUGAUACAGGAUCCCCAAAAUCUGAACCUACGGGCCUUGGUCAAACCUCAGUGUGAAGGGCUGUCCUCGCUGGAGGAGGUGGCCACGGGCGUAGCGCAGAUUUUGGCCGACGCAAUCGCCAAGGACAAGGAGACGCUGGCUUUCAUUCGCUCGCUGUGCGAUCGCAACCUCGUGACGCUCCACUCCUCCGUCUCCAAGACGGCUCUGAAGGAGCAGCAGCAGCCGCUGGGCGAGCGGGCAGGGAAGCCCAAGGACAUCGACAAGUUCCACCUGUACUGUGACUUCACCAGCAACGUGCAGCGCAUUCAGCACCACCAGACCCUAGCCAUUAACCGAGGGGAGAGUCUGAAGAUUCUGACAGUGAAGGUCAACAUCCCUGACAGGGUGAAGAGCGAGUUUUGUAGGUGGUGUGUCAACGUCAGGUGGAGGCCGAAGGGAUAUGCCAGUAAUGAGCUCAUGAAGAUCUUGCAUGACGCAGUGGAAGAUUCUUACAAAAGACUCAUACAGCCGCUGCUCUGCCGAGGGUAUAGGAGCAGCUUGACCGCCAGCGCGGAGAAGGAGUCCAUCGCCAUGUUCGUACGGAACCUGCGGCAGCGGCUGCUCGUGUGUCCCGUGCGCGGGCGCGUCAUAAUGGGCGUCGACCCCGGAUUCCGCCACGGCUGCAAGCUGGCCAUCCUCUCACCCACCAGUCAGAUCCUACACACUGAUGUGGUCUACCUGCACCAGGGGGGCGGAGCCAGGGAAGCAGACAAACUGCGCCACCUUAUGAUGAAGUACAGCUGUCAGACCGUUGCCAUCGGCAAUGGGACGGCGUGUCGGGAAACCGAGGAGUUCUUCGCCGGUCUCAUCGCCCAGAAGUUCUUCCUGCCGCUGGACGUCUCUUACUGCAUUGUUAAUGAAGCGGGGGCUUCCAUCUACAGCGUCAGCCCAGAGGCAGUGAAGGAGAUGCCUGACCUGGACCCCAAUCUAAGGAGUGCAGUUUCCAUUGGAAGGCGGGUUCAGGACCCUUUGGCUGAGCUGGUUAAAAUCGAGCCCAAGCACAUCGGUAUCGGGACCUACCAGCACGACGUGUCGCAGACGGCUCUGAAGGCGGCGCUGGACAGCGUGGUGGAGGAGUGCGUCAGCUUCGUGGGAGUGGACAUCAACAUCUGCUCCGAGACCCUGAUGAGGCACGUGGCGGGGCUGAACGCGGGGCGGGCCCGGAGCAUCGCUGACUGGCGGGAGAAGAACGGGCCCUUCGUCAGCCGCGAGCAGCUCAAACUGGUCAAGGGCCUGGGGCCCAAGAGCUUCCAGCAGUGCGCCGGAUUCAUCCGGAUCAACCCGGAAAACCUCCAGAGCUGCAGCAGGGCAGAAGUGGACCAAGCCGCUGUUCCUUCUGAGAAACCGCCGGCCAAGAGAGGGAAGGGAAAGGGCCCAGCCGCCGGCGUGGCCCGGCCCAACCCGCUGGACCAGACCUGCAUCCACCCAGAGUCCUACGGCAUCGCUAUGAGGUUCCUGGAGCACGUGGAGGGGCGGGUGGAGGAGACGGGCCGGCCGGAGCUGAAGCAGCGGGUGGAGGCCAGCGUGCAGCGCGUCGGCCUGGAGCAGCUGGCCAAAACCCUGGACACCACGCCCGAGACCCUGCAGCUCAUCGUGGACGGCCUGACGCAGCCGUCCGGCUUCGAUAUCCGCCAAGGCUUUGAGCAGGCGGACUUUAAGCGCGGGAUCGUGUCGAUGGGGGACCUGCGUACGGGGGUGGUGCUGACGGGCCGGGUGGAGAACACCACGCUGUUCGGGGCCUUCGUGGACAUCGGCGUGGGCCGCUCGGGCCUGAUCCACAAGAGCAACAUCACGCUGGAGAAGCUCCCGGCCGAGCAGCGCCGCCGCAGCCUGGCCCUGGGGCCCGGCGAGCGCGUGGAGGUGCGGGUGCUCAACGUGGACGCCCAGCGCGGGCGCAUCGGCCUGGACCUGAUCCGCGUGCUGCGAUAGGGUCCCGACCCUGCCGCCUCAUACGCGUACAUGCACACAUAUAACCAUACACACAUACGCGUACAUGCACACAUAUAACCAUACACACAUACA